AUGCAAUUCCUCAGUGCCUCCGCCUCCGCCUCAGUCUCCUCGCCGGUGACGCCGUCGGCGCACCUCCUCCGCCUCGCGCGGCCCCCGCCCUUCCCGCACCUCCGCCGCCGCUGCUCCCCGCCCAGACCCCUCGCGCUGAUGCCCCGACCGCCGCUCCUCAUCGCCUCGCGCCCGUCCCUGCUCUUCACCCCACGCGCGCACGGCGGCCACGGCCACGGCCACGGCGACGGCCACCACCACCAUCACCAUCAGCACGGCCAUGACCACCAUCACCACCACGGCCACGGCCACGGCCACGGCCACGUCCACGGUCACCACGAGGUGGACGUGCACGGGGGAGGCGGGGGCGCGGCGGUCAUGCGGGUGGCGCGGGCGAUCGGCUGGGCCGACGUCGCCGACGCGCUGCGGGAGCACCUCCAGGCCUGCUGCAUCUCCCUCGGUCUCCUCCUCAUCGCCGCUGCCUGCCCGCACGUCGCGCUGCUCAACUCAGUCGGCCGCCUGCAGGCCGCGCUCAUCGCCGUCGCCUUCCCUCUCGUCGGGGUGUCUGCAGCGCUUGAUGCUCUUGUAAAUAUUGCCGACGGUAGAAUAAAUAUCCAUGUUCUCAUGGCUUUUGCAGCAUUUGCUUCUAUAUUUAUGGGAAAUGCAUUGGAGGGUGGCCUGCUUCUUGCAAUGUUUAACUUGGCUCAUAUUGCUGAAGAGUAUUUUACAAGUAAGUCAAUGUUUGACGUGAGGGAACUGAAGGAAAAUCACCCGGAAUUUGCUCUGCUGUUAAAAACAAGUGGAGAAGAAUCUGCACAGUUUUCAAAUCUAAGUUACACCAAGGUUCCUGUGCAUGAUCUUGAAGUGGGUUCUCAUAUCUUGGUUAGAGCUGGCGAGGCGGUGCCUGUUGAUGGUGAAGUCUUACAAGGUUCAUCAACUGUCACAAUUGAACACCUAACUGGUGAAACAAAACCUUUAGAAAGGACAGUUGGAGAUGCCAUACCAGGUGGCGCCAGGAACUUGGAAGGAAUGAUGAUCGUAAAGGUGACCAAGUCAUGGGAGGAUUCAACACUCAACAGAAUUGUCCAAUUGACUGAAGAGGGCCAGCUAAACAAGCCAAAGUUGCAAAGAUGGCUUGAUGAGUUUGGAGAGUACUAUAGCAGAGUUGUGGUAGCCCUUUCUUUGGGUGUUGCACUUUUGGGACCAUUACUUUUUAAGUGGCCUUUUUUUGGUAACUCAGUCUGUAGGGGUUCAAUUUACCGUGGUUUAGGACUUAUGGUGGCUGCAUCUCCCUGUGCAUUGGCUGUAGCUCCAUUGGCAUAUGCAACUGCAAUCAGUUCUCUUGCUAGUAAGGGAAUUUUGUUGAAAGGUGGUCAUGUCUUGGAUGCUCUUUCGUCUUGUCAGUCUAUUGCUUUUGAUAAGACAGGCACAUUAACAACUGGGAAGCUUAUGUGCAAAGCAAUCGAGCCUAUCCAUGGACAUUUGGGUGUGAAAAAUGGUCAUAGUAAUCCUUCUUGCUGCACUCCAAACUGUGAAAGUGAGGCACUAGCUGCUGCUGCAGCCAUGGAGAAAGGAACAACACAUCCUAUUGGAAGGGCUGUUUUAGACCACUCUGUUGGAAAGGAGCUUCCAGUGGUCGCUGUAGAAAGUUUUGAAUGCCUACCUGGUUGGGGAGUUGCUGCUACUUUGAGUGGGGUGAAGGUAAGAGAAAAUGAAAAUGAGCUAUCCGAGGCAUCUAUCGGUUCUGUGGACUAUAUUUCUUCACUAUAUAGAUCCAAUGGUGAAUCAGAGCAAAUAAGAGCAGCAGCAAAAAGUUCUGCAUAUGGGCCUGAAUUUAUCCAAGCUGCUCUAUCUGUUGACAAAAAAGUAACUCUUUUUCACUUUGAGGAUGAACCCCGCUUUGGUGUUUGUGAAGUUAUAUCUACCUUAAGAGAGAAAGCUAAACUUCGCAUUAUGAUGCUUACUGGAGACCAUGAAUCAAGUGCCCAUAGAGUUGCUAAAUCUGUUUGUAUUGAAGAAGUCCACUUCUCUUUAAAGCCAGAGGAUAAAUUAAAUAAAGUAAAAGCAGUUUCAAGGGAAGGAGGUGGAGGUUUAAUAAUGGUUGGUGAUGGUAUAAAUGAUGCACCAGGUCUUGCAGCCGCAACAGUUGGAAUGGUUCUAGCCCAACGUGCCAGUGCAACUGCAGUGGCUGUUGCAGAUGUUCUGUUGUUGCAGGAUAAUAUUUGCGGGGUGCCAUUUUGCAUUGCUAAGGCUCGUCAAACAACUUCAUUGGUCAAACAAAGUGUAGCUCUGGCCUUAACUUGUAUUGUUUUUGCUGCGCUUCCUUCUGUCCUGGGAUUUCUUCCUCUUUGGUUGACUGUACUUCUUCAUGAAGGAGGAACCCUUCUAGUGUGCUUGAACUCGAUACGAGCCCUGAACGCUCCGACAUGGUCCUUGGUUGAUGACAUCCGGCAGCUCGUUGAUGGCUUGAGGAAUUAUUUCUCAUCCAAGUUCAACAGCUCUUCCUCAAACUACGUCGCAAACACUGUACCCUUGUAG